CAAUCACAACUGUCACAACGCCUACCACAACUGUUACUGAAGAAACAACAACAUCUCAGUCUACAACAUCUGAGAUUUCAACCACUCCAGGGUACUGUCAAGAGCCAAUGGAUGGCGAAAAAGACCUUGAAUCUCAAGUGACGGCAGAUGGAGCACUCACCAUUGAUGACGAGACUUCCUACGUGACCAUAACGGAAUUGCCAAUCAGCCAGAGCUCAGGCGGUUUCCCCAGAGUGGAUCGCAAAUUCCGCAGACCUGUCAGGGUCACAGCACUGCGCACCACCAUGCGUUCGCCAAGUCAGCCAGGAGCAGGUGCAACAACAACACCUGCUGCAGGGCAGCAGCCGAAAGAACUCAUUGUCACGUUGCAGACCAAAAAACCGGGAGACUCCAGCUUCACUCCAGUGACUGAUGAUGUCACCAACCAGCCCAAGUUGAUCACCAUUACUCUUGAUGCAAAUCAACCUGCACUGACUCUCUUGCCGGAAGAUGAAGAUGAUUUGGACGGCAUAACCGAAUUGCGCAUUCAGUUCCGCAGUGUCAGUGAUGUUGAUGCAAUUACAUUUGAGCAACAUGUAUUGGGUUGCAUCAAAGAAUACACUACAACUGAGCCAACGACAAGAAGCACCACUGUCACGACAACUCGCAUCACCACAACUCCUUCGUCAUCAACAACUCAAGGCUACUGUUUGGAACCAAUAGACAGUGAAUCUGGACUUCUGCUGAAUGCAGAGGGUCAGGGCUUGUCCUUGGUGGGUGAAAGCAAGGGAUUGCUCCAAUUGACAAAUCUUCCCAUCACCGAGGGGGCACAAGAUAGCCCUAGCCUAGACACUACAUUCAGCCGACGCAUGAUUGUCAGAGCUAUCCGCUUCAAGUUGUUGCCAACUUCUUCCACAACUCCGGCGGGUACUGGUGAAGAGCCAAAAGCACUUGCAGCCACUUUUGCCGUACUUGUCAAGAAACCAGCUGCUGAACAAUUCUCGCCUUUGCAGGAAGAAUCCUCCAAUCAAGAAAAGACCUUCCAAGUCAACCUUAGGGAAGACCUGCCUAAGACAGUGCUGCUUCCAGAUGAUGCAACUCUGCAAGGUGUUGUGCAAUUCCGUAUUCAGUUCCGAACUGUGACGGGUGCAGGAUCGGCGAGACUGGAAGUGCAAAUCCUUGGAUGUGCAGAAGAAUAUACCACAACCGAGAUGACGACGACAAUCACAACUGUCACAACGCCUACCACAACUGUUACUGAAGAAACAACAACAUCUCAGUCUACAACAUCUGAGAUUUCAACCACUCCAGGGUACUGUCAAGAGCCAAUGGAUGGCGAAAAAGACCUUGAAUCUCAAGUGACGGCAGAUGGAGCACUCACCAUUGAUGACGAGACUUCCUACGUGACCAUAACGGAAUUGCCAAUCAGCCAGAGCUCAGGCAGUUUCCCAAGAGUGGAUCGCAAAUUCCGCAGACCUGUCAGGGUCACAGCACUGCGCACCACCAUGCGUUCGCCAAGUCAGCCAGGAGCAGGUGCAACAACAACACCUGCUGCAGGGCAGCAGCCGAAAGAACUCAUUGUCACGUUGCAGACCAAAAAACCGGGAGACUCCAGCUUCACUCCAGUGACUGAUGAUGUCACCAACCAGCCCAAGUUGAUCACCAUUACUCUUGAUGCAAAUCAACCUGCACUGACUCUCUUGCCGGAAGAUGAAGAUGAUUUGGACGGCAUAACCGAAUUGCGCAUUCAGUUCCGCAGUGUCAGUGAUGUUGAUGCAAUUACAUUUGAGCAACAUGUAUUGGGUUGCAUCAAAGAAUACACUACAACUGAGCCAACGACAAGAAGCACCACUGUCACGACAACUCGCAUCACCACAACUCCUUCGUCAUCAACAACUCAAGGCUACUGUUUGGAACCAAUAGACAGUGAAUCUGGACUUCUGCUGAAUGCAGAGGGUCAGGGCUUGUCCUUGGUGGGUGAAAGCAAGGGAUUGCUCCAAUUGACAAAUCUUCCCAUCACCGAGGGGGCACAAGAUAGCCCUAGCCUAGACACUACAUUCAGCCGACGCAUGAUUGUCAGAGCUAUCCGCUUCAAGUUGUUGCCAACUUCUUCCACAACUCCGGCGGGUACUGGUGAAGAGCCAAAAGCACUUGCAGCCACUUUUGCCGUACUUGUCAAGAAACCAGCUGCUGAACAAUUCUCGCCUUUGCAGGAAGAAUCCUCCAAUCAAGAAAAGACCUUCCAAGUCAACCUUAGGGAAGACCUGCCUAAGACAGUGCUGCUUCCAGAUGAUGCAACUCUGCAAGGUGUUGUGCAAUUCCGUAUUCAGUUCCGAACUGUGACGGGUGCAGGAUCGGCGAGACUGGAAGUGCAAAUCCUUGGAUGUGCAGAAGAAUAUACCACAACCGAGAUGACGACGACAAUCACAACUGUCACAACGCCUACCACAACUGUUACUGAAGAAACAACAACAUCUCAGUCUACAACAUCUGAGAUUUCAACCACUCCAGGGUACUGUCAAGAGCCAAUGGAUGGCGAAAAAGACCUUGAAUCUCAAGUGACGGCAGAUGGAGCACUCACCAUUGAUGACGAGACUUCCUACGUGACCAUAACGGAAUUGCCAAUCAGCCAGAGCUCAGGCAGUUUCCCAAGAGUGGAUCGCAAAUUCCGCAGACCUGUCAGGGUCACAGCACUGCGCACCACCAUGCGUUCGCCAAGUCAGCCAGGAGCAGGUGCAACAACAACACCUGCUGCAGGGCAGCAGCCGAAAGAACUCAUUGUCACGUUGCAGACCAAAAAACCGGGAGACUCCAGCUUCACUCCAGUGACUGAUGAUGUCACCAACCAGCCCAAGUUGAUCACCAUUACUCUUGAUGCAAAUCAACCUGCACUGACUCUCUUGCCGGAAGAUGAAGAUGAUUUGGACGGCAUAACCGAAUUGCGCAUUCAGUUCCGCAGUGUCAGUGAUGUUGAUGCAAUUACAUUUGAGCAACAUGUAUUGGGUUGCAUCAAAGAAUACACUACAACUGAGCCAACGACAAGAAGCACCACUGUCACGACAACUCGCAUCACCACAACUCCUUCGUCAUCAACAACUCAAGGCUACUGUUUGGAACCAAUAGACAGUGAAUCUGGACUUCUGCUGAAUGCAGAGGGUCAGGGCUUGUCCUUGGUGGGUGAAAGCAAGGGAUUGCUCCAAUUGACAAAUCUUCCCAUCACCGAGGGGGCACAAGAUAGCCCUAGCCUAGACACUACAUUCAGCCGACGCAUGAUUGUCAGAGCUAUCCGCUUCAAGUUGUUGCCAACUUCUUCCACAACUCCGGCGGGUACUGGUGAAGAGCCAAAAGCACUUGCAGCCACUUUUGCCGUACUUGUCAAGAAACCAGCUGCUGAACAAUUCUCGCCUUUGCAGGAAGAAUCCUCCAAUCAAGAAAAGACCUUCCAAGUCAACCUUAGGGAAGACCUGCCUAAGACAGUGCUGCUUCCAGAUGAUGCAACUCUGCAAGGUGUUGUGCAAUUCCGUAUUCAGUUCCGAACUGUGACGGGUGCAGGAUCGGCGAGACUGGAAGUGCAAAUCCUUGGAUGUGCAGAAGAAUAUACCACAACCGAGAUGACGACGACAAUCACAACUGUCACAACGCCUACCACAACUGUUACUGAAGAAACAACAACAUCUCAGUCUACAACAUCUGAGAUUUCAACCACUCCAGGGUACUGUCAAGAGCCAAUGGAUGGCGAAAAAGACCUUGAAUCUCAAGUGACGGCAGAUGGAGCACUCACCAUUGAUGACGAGACUUCCUACGUGACCAUAACGGAAUUGCCAAUCAGCCAGAGCUCAGGCAGUUUCCCAAGUGUGGAUCGCAAAUUCCGCAGACCUGUCAGGGUCACAGCACUGCGCACCACCAUGCGUUCGCCAAGUCAGCCAGGAGCAGGUGCAACAACAACACCUGCUGCAGGGCAGCAGCCGAAAGAACUCAUUGUCACGUUGCAGACCAAAAAACCGGGAGACUCCAGCUUCACUCCAGUGACUGAUGAUGUCACCAACCAGCCCAAGUUGAUCACCAUUACUCUUGAUGCAAAUCAACCUGCACUGACUCUCUUGCCGGAAGAUGAAGAUGAUUUGGACGGCAUAACCGAAUUGCGCAUUCAGUUCCGCAGUGUCAGUGAUGUUGAUGCAAUUACAUUUGAGCAACAUGUAUUGGGUUGCAUCAAAGAAUACACUACAACUGAGCCAACGACAAGAAGCACCACUGUCACGACAACUCGCAUCACCACAACUCCUUCGUCAUCAACAACUCAAGGCUACUGUUUGGAACCAAUAGACAGUGAAUCUGGACUUCUGCUGAAUGCAGAGGGUCAGGGCUUGUCCUUGGUGGGUGAAAGCAAGGGAUUGCUCCAAUUGACAAAUCUUCCCAUCACCGAGGGGGCACAAGAUAGCCCUAGCCUAGACACUACAUUCAGCCGACGCAUGAUUGUCAGAGCUAUCCGCUUCAAGUUGUUGCCAACUUCUUCCACAACUCCGGCGGGUACUGGUGAAGAGCCAAAAGCACUUGCAGCCACUUUUGCCGUACUUGUCAAGAAACCAGCUGCUGAACAAUUCUCGCCUUUGCAGGAAGAAUCCUCCAAUCAAGAAAAGACCUUCCAAGUCAACCUUAGGGAAGACCUGCCUAAGACAGUGCUGCUUCCAGAUGAUGCAACUCUGCAAGGUGUUGUGCAAUUCCGUAUUCAGUUCCGAACUGUGACGGGUGCAGGAUCGGCGAGACUGGAAGUGCAAAUCCUUGGAUGUGCAGAAGAAUAUACCACAACCGAGAUGACGACGACAAUCACAACUGUCACAACGCCUACCACAACUGUUACUGAAGAAACAACAACAUCUCAGUCUACAACAUCUGAGAUUUCAACCACUCCAGGGUACUGUCAAGAGCCAAUGGAUGGCGAAAAAGACCUUGAAUCUCAAGUGACGGCAGAUGGAGCACUCACCAUUGAUGACGAGACUUCCUACGUGACCAUAACGGAAUUGCCAAUCAGCCAGAGCUCAGGCAGUUUCCCAAGUGUGGAUCGCAAAUUCCGCAGACCUGUCAGGGUCACAGCACUGCGCACCACCAUGCGUUCGCCAAGUCAGCCAGGAGCAGGUGCAACAACAACACCUGCUGCAGGGCAGCAGCCGAAAGAACUCAUUGUCACGUUGCAGACCAAAAAACCGGGAGACUCCAGCUUCACUCCAGUGACUGAUGAUGUCACCAACCAGCCCAAGUUGAUCACCAUUACUCUUGAUGCAAAUCAACCUGCACUGACUCUCUUGCCGGAAGAUGAAGAUGAUUUGGACGGCAUAACCGAAUUGCGCAUUCAGUUCCGCAGUGUCAGUGAUGUUGAUGCAAUUACAUUUGAGCAACAUGUAUUGGGUUGCAUCAAAGAAUACACUACAACUGAGCCAACGACAAGAAGCACCACUGUCACGACAACUCGCAUCACCACAACUCCUUCGUCAUCAACAACUCAAGGCUACUGUUUGGAACCAAUAGACAGUGAAUCUGGACUUCUGCUGAAUGCAGAGGGUCAGGGCUUGUCCUUGGUGGGUGAAAGCAAGGGAUUGCUCCAAUUGACAAAUCUUCCCAUCACCGAGGGGGCACAAGAUAGCCCUAGCCUAGACACUACAUUCAGCCGACGCAUGAUUGUCAGAGCUAUCCGCUUCAAGUUGUUGCCAACUUCUUCCACAACUCCGGCGGGUACUGGUGAAGAGCCAAAAGCACUUGCAGCCACUUUUGCCGUACUUGUCAAGAAACCAGCUGCUGAACAAUUCUCGCCUUUGCAGGAAGAAUCCUCCAAUCAAGAAAAGACCUUCCAAGUCAACCUUAGGGAAGACCUGCCUAAGACAGUGCUGCUUCCAGAUGAUGCAACUCUGCAAGGUGUUGUGCAAUUCCGUAUUCAGUUCCGAACUGUGACGGGUGCAGGAUCGGCGAGACUGGAAGUGCAAAUCCUUGGAUGUGCAGAAGAAUAUACCACAACCGAGAUGACGACGACAAUCACAACUGUCACAACGCCUACCACAACUGUUACUGAAGAAACAACAACAUCUCAGUCUACAACAUCUGAGAUUUCAACCACUCCAGGGUACUGUCAAGAGCCAAUGGAUGGCGAAAAAGACCUUGAAUCUCAAGUGACGGCAGAUGGAGCACUCACCAUUGAUGACGAGACUUCCUACGUGACCAUAACGGAAUUGCCAAUCAGCCAGAGCUCAGGCAGUUUCCCAAGUGUGGAUCGCAAAUUCCGCAGACCUGUCAGGGUCACAGCACUGCGCACCACCAUGCGUUCGCCAAGUCAGCCAGGAGCAGGUGCAACAACAACACCUGCUGCAGGGCAGCAGCCGAAAGAACUCAUUGUCACGUUGCAGACCAAAAAACCGGGAGACUCCAGCUUCACUCCAGUGACUGAUGAUGUCACCAACCAGCCCAAGUUGAUCACCAUUACUCUUGAUGCAAAUCAACCUGCACUGACUCUCUUGCCGGAAGAUGAAGAUGAUUUGGACGGCAUAACCGAAUUGCGCAUUCAGUUCCGCAGUGUCAGUGAUGUUGAUGCAAUUACAUUUGAGCAACAUGUAUUGGGUUGCAUCAAAGAAUACACUACAACUGAGCCAACGACAAGAAGCACCACUGUCACGACAACUCGCAUCACCACAACUCCUUCGUCAUCAACAACUCAAGGCUACUGUUUGGAACCAAUAGACAGUGAAUCUGGACUUCUGCUGAAUGCAGAGGGUCAGGGCUUGUCCUUGGUGGGUGAAAGCAAGGGAUUGCUCCAAUUGACAAAUCUUCCCAUCACCGAGGGGGCACAAGAUAGCCCUAGCCUAGACACUACAUUCAGCCGACGCAUGAUUGUCAGAGCUAUCCGCUUCAAGUUGUUGCCAACUUCUUCCACAACUCCGGCGGGUACUGGUGAAGAGCCAAAAGCACUUGCAGCCACUUUUGCCGUACUUGUCAAGAAACCAGCUGCUGAACAAUUCUCGCCUUUGCAGGAAGAAUCCUCCAAUCAAGAAAAGACCUUCCAAGUCAACCUUAGGGAAGACCUGCCUAAGACAGUGCUGCUUCCAGAUGAUGCAACUCUGCAAGGUGUUGUGCAAUUCCGUAUUCAGUUCCGAACUGUGACGGGUGCAGGAUCGGCGAGACUGGAAGUGCAAAUCCUUGGAUGUGCAGAAGAAUAUACCACAACCGAGAUGACGACGACAAUCACAACUGUCACAACGCCUACCACAACUGUUACUGAAGAAACAACAACAUCUCAGUCUACAACAUCUGAGAUUUCAACCACUCCAGGGUACUGUCAAGAGCCAAUGGAUGGCGAAAAAGACCUUGAAUCUCAAGUGACGGCAGAUGGAGCACUCACCAUUGAUGACGAGACUUCCUACGUGACCAUAACGGAAUUGCCAAUCAGCCAGAGCUCAGGCAGUUUCCCAAGUGUGGAUCGCAAAUUCCGCAGACCUGUCAGGGUCACAGCACUGCGCACCACCAUGCGUUCGCCAAGUCAGCCAGGAGCAGGUGCAACAACAACACCUGCUGCAGGGCAGCAGCCGAAAGAACUCAUUGUCACGUUGCAGACCAAAAAACCGGGAGACUCCAGCUUCACUCCAGUGACUGAUGAUGUCACCAACCAGCCCAAGUUGAUCACCAUUACUCUUGAUGCAAAUCAACCUGCACUGACUCUCUUGCCGGAAGAUGAAGAUGAUUUGGACGGCAUAACCGAAUUGCGCAUUCAGUUCCGCAGUGUCAGUGAUGUUGAUGCAAUUACAUUUGAGCAACAUGUAUUGGGUUGCAUCAAAGAAUACACUACAACUGAGCCAACGACAAGAAGCACCACUGUCACGACAACUCGCAUCACCACAACUCCUUCGUCAUCAACAACUCAAGGCUACUGUUUGGAACCAAUAGACAGUGAAUCUGGACUUCUGCUGAAUGCAGAGGGUCAGGGCUUGUCCUUGGUGGGUGAAAGCAAGGGAUUGCUCCAAUUGACAAAUCUUCCCAUCACCGAGGGGGCACAAGAUAGCCCUAGCCUAGACACUACAUUCAGCCGACGCAUGAUUGUCAGAGCUAUCCGCUUCAAGUUGUUGCCAACUUCUUCCACAACUCCGGCGGGUACUGGUGAAGAGCCAAAAGCACUUGCAGCCACUUUUGCCGUACUUGUCAAGAAACCAGCUGCUGAACAAUUCUCGCCUUUGCAGGAAGAAUCCUCCAAUCAAGAAAAGACCUUCCAAGUCAACCUUAGGGAAGACCUGCCUAAGACAGUGCUGCUUCCAGAUGAUGCAACUCUGCAAGGUGUUGUGCAAUUCCGUAUUCAGUUCCGAACUGUGACGGGUGCAGGAUCGGCGAGACUGGAAGUGCAAAUCCUUGGAUGUGCAGAAGAAUAUACCACAACCGAGAUGACGACGACAAUCACAACUGUCACAACGCCUACCACAACUGUUACUGAAGAAACAACAACAUCUCAGUCUACAACAUCUGAGAUUUCAACCACUCCAGGGUACUGUCAAGAGCCAAUGGAUGGCGAAAAAGACCUUGAAUCUCAAGUGACGGCAGAUGGAGCACUCACCAUUGAUGACGAGACUUCCUACGUGACCAUAACGGAAUUGCCAAUCAGCCAGAGCUCAGGCAGUUUCCCAAGUGUGGAUCGCAAAUUCCGCAGACCUGUCAGGGUCACAGCACUGCGCACCACCAUGCGUUCGCCAAGUCAGCCAGGAGCAGGUGCAACAACAACACCUGCUGCAGGGCAGCAGCCGAAAGAACUCAUUGUCACGUUGCAGACCAAAAAACCGGGAGACUCCAGCUUCACUCCAGUGACUGAUGAUGUCACCAACCAGCCCAAGUUGAUCACCAUUACUCUUGAUGCAAAUCAACCUGCACUGACUCUCUUGCCGGAAGAUGAAGAUGAUUUGGACGGCAUAACCGAAUUGCGCAUUCAGUUCCGCAGUGUCAGUGAUGUUGAUGCAAUUACAUUUGAGCAACAUGUAUUGGGUUGCAUCAAAGAAUACACUACAACUGAGCCAACGACAAGAAGCACCACUGUCACGACAACUCGCAUCACCACAACUCCUUCGUCAUCAACAACUCAAGGCUACUGUUUGGAACCAAUAGACAGUGAAUCUGGACUUCUGCUGAAUGCAGAGGGUCAGGGCUUGUCCUUGGUGGGUGAAAGCAAGGGAUUGCUCCAAUUGACAAAUCUUCCCAUCACCGAGGGGGCACAAGAUAGCCCUAGCCUAGACACUACAUUCAGCCGACGCAUGAUUGUCAGAGCUAUCCGCUUCAAGUUGUUGCCAACUUCUUCCACAACUCCGGCGGGUACUGGUGAAGAGCCAAAAGCACUUGCAGCCACUUUUGCCGUACUUGUCAAGAAACCAGCUGCUGAACAAUUCUCGCCUUUGCAGGAAGAAUCCUCCAAUCAAGAAAAGACCUUCCAAGUCAACCUUAGGGAAGACCUGCCUAAGACAGUGCUGCUUCCAGAUGAUGCAACUCUGCAAGGUGUUGUGCAAUUCCGUAUUCAGUUCCGAACUGUGACGGGUGCAGGAUCGGCGAGACUGGAAGUGCAAAUCCUUGGAUGUGCAGAAGAAUAUACCACAACCGAGAUGACGACGACAAUCACAACUGUCACAACGCCUACCACAACUGUUACUGAAGAAACAACAACAUCUCAGUCUACAACAUCUGAGAUUUCAACCACUCCAGGGUACUGUCAAGAGCCAAUGGAUGGCGAAAAAGACCUUGAAUCUCAAGUGACGGCAGAUGGAGCACUCACCAUUGAUGACGAGACUUCCUACGUGACCAUAACGGAAUUGCCAAUCAGCCAGAGCUCAGGCAGUUUCCCAAGUGUGGAUCGCAAAUUCCGCAGACCUGUCAGGGUCACAGCACUGCGCACCACCAUGCGUUCGCCAAGUCAGCCAGGAGCAGGUGCAACAACAACACCUGCUGCAGGGCAGCAGCCGAAAGAACUCAUUGUCACGUUGCAGACCAAAAAACCGGGAGACUCCAGCUUCACUCCAGUGACUGAUGAUGUCACCAACCAGCCCAAGUUGAUCACCAUUACUCUUGAUGCAAAUCAACCUGCACUGACUCUCUUGCCGGAAGAUGAAGAUGAUUUGGACGGCAUAACCGAAUUGCGCAUUCAGUUCCGCAGUGUCAGUGAUGUUGAUGCAAUUACAUUUGAGCAACAUGUAUUGGGUUGCAUCAAAGAAUACACUACAACUGAGCCAACGACAAGAAGCACCACUGUCACGACAACUCGCAUCACCACAACUCCUUCGUCAUCAACAACUCAAGGCUACUGUUUGGAACCAAUAGACAGUGAAUCUGGACUUCUGCUGAAUGCAGAGGGUCAGGGCUUGUCCUUGGUGGGUGAAAGCAAGGGAUUGCUCCAAUUGACAAAUCUUCCCAUCACCGAGGGGGCACAAGAUAGCCCUAGCCUAGACACUACAUUCAGCCGACGCAUGAUUGUCAGAGCUAUCCGCUUCAAGUUGUUGCCAACUUCUUCCACAACUCCGGCGGGUACUGGUGAAGAGCCAAAAGCACUUGCAGCCACUUUUGCCGUACUUGUCAAGAAACCAGCUGCUGAACAAUUCUCGCCUUUGCAGGAAGAAUCCUCCAAUCAAGAAAAGACCUUCCAAGUCAACCUUAGGGAAGACCUGCCUAAGACAGUGCUGCUUCCAGAUGAUGCAACUCUGCAAGGUGUUGUGCAAUUCCGUAUUCAGUUCCGAACUGUGACGGGUGCAGGAUCGGCGAGACUGGAAGUGCAAAUCCUUGGAUGUGCAGAAGAAUAUACCACAACCGAGAUGACGACGACAAUCACAACUGUCACAACGCCUACCACAACUGUUACUGAAGAAACAACAACAUCUCAGUCUACAACAUCUGAGAUUUCAACCACUCCAGGGUACUGUCAAGAGCCAAUGGAUGGCGAAAAAGACCUUGAAUCUCAAGUGACGGCAGAUGGAGCACUCACCAUUGAUGACGAGACUUCCUACGUGACCAUAACGGAAUUGCCAAUCAGCCAGAGCUCAGGCAGUUUCCCAAGUGUGGAUCGCAAAUUCCGCAGACCUGUCAGGGUCACAGCACUGCGCACCACCAUGCGUUCGCCAAGUCAGCCAGGAGCAGGUGCAACAACAACACCUGCUGCAGGGCAGCAGCCGAAAGAACUCAUUGUCACGUUGCAGACCAAAAAACCGGGAGACUCCAGCUUCACUCCAGUGACUGAUGAUGUCACCAACCAGCCCAAGUUGAUCACCAUUACUCUUGAUGCAAAUCAACCUGCACUGACUCUCUUGCCGGAAGAUGAAGAUGAUUUGGACGGCAUAACCGAAUUGCGCAUUCAGUUCCGCAGUGUCAGUGAUGUUGAUGCAAUUACAUUUGAGCAACAUGUAUUGGGUUGCAUCAAAGAAUACACUACAACUGAGCCAACGACAAGAAGCACCACUGUCACGACAACUCGCAUCACCACAACUCCUUCGUCAUCAACAACUCAAGGCUACUGUUUGGAACCAAUAGACAGUGAAUCUGGACUUCUGCUGAAUGCAGAGGGUCAGGGCUUGUCCUUGGUGGGUGAAAGCAAGGGAUUGCUCCAAUUGACAAAUCUUCCCAUCACCGAGGGGGCACAAGAUAGCCCUAGCCUAGACACUACAUUCAGCCGACGCAUGAUUGUCAGAGCUAUCCGCUUCAAGUUGUUGCCAACUUCUUCCACAACUCCGGCGGGUACUGGUGAAGAGCCAAAAGCACUUGCAGCCACUUUUGCCGUACUUGUCAAGAAACCAGCUGCUGAACAAUUCUCGCCUUUGCAGGAAGAAUCCUCCAAUCAAGAAAAGACCUUCCAAGUCAACCUUAGGGAAGACCUGCCUAAGACAGUGCUGCUUCCAGAUGAUGCAACUCUGCAAGGUGUUGUGCAAUUCCGUAUUCAGUUCCGAACUGUGACGGGUGCAGGAUCGGCGAGACUGGAAGUGCAAAUCCUUGGAUGUGCAGAAGAAUAUACCACAACCGAGAUGACGACGACAAUCACAACUGUCACAACGCCUACCACAACUGUUACUGAAGAAACAACAACAUCUCAGUCUACAACAUCUGAGAUUUCAACCACUCCAGGGUACUGUCAAGAGCCAAUGGAUGGCGAAAAAGACCUUGAAUCUCAAGUGACGGCAGAUGGAGCACUCACCAUUGAUGACGAGACUUCCUACGUGACCAUAACGGAAUUGCCAAUCAGCCAGAGCUCAGGCAGUUUCCCAAGUGUGGAUCGCAAAUUCCGCAGACCUGUCAGGGUCACAGCACUGCGCACCACCAUGCGUUCGCCAAGUCAGCCAGGAGCAGGUGCAACAACAACACCUGCUGCAGGGCAGCAGCCGAAAGAACUCAUUGUCACGUUGCAGACCAAAAAACCGGGAGACUCCAGCUUCACUCCAGUGACUGAUGAUGUCACCAACCAGCCCAAGUUGAUCACCAUUACUCUUGAUGCAAAUCAACCUGCACUGACUCUCUUGCCGGAAGAUGAAGAUGAUUUGGACGGCAUAACCGAAUUGCGCAUUCAGUUCCGCAGUGUCAGUGAUGUUGAUGCAAUUACAUUUGAGCAACAUGUAUUGGGUUGCAUCAAAGAAUACACUACAACUGAGCCAACGACAAGAAGCACCACUGUCACGACAACUCGCAUCACCACAACUCCUUCGUCAUCAACAACUCAAGGCUACUGUUUGGAACCAAUAGACAGUGAAUCUGGACUUCUGCUGAAUGCAGAGGGUCAGGGCUUGUCCUUGGUGGGUGAAAGCAAGGGAUUGCUCCAAUUGACAAAUCUUCCCAUCACCGAGGGGGCACAAGAUAGCCCUAGCCUAGACACUACAUUCAGCCGACGCAUGAUUGUCAGAGCUAUCCGCUUCAAGUUGUUGCCAACUUCUUCCACAACUCCGGCGGGUACUGGUGAAGAGCCAAAAGCACUUGCAGCCACUUUUGCCGUACUUGUCAAGAAACCAGCUGCUGAACAAUUCUCGCCUUUGCAGGAAGAAUCCUCCAAUCAAGAAAAGACCUUCCAAGUCAACCUUAGGGAAGACCUGCCUAAGACAGUGCUGCUUCCAGAUGAUGCAACUCUGCAAGGUGUUGUGCAAUUCCGUAUUCAGUUCCGAACUGUGACGGGUGCAGGAUCGGCGAGACUGGAAGUGCAAAUCCUUGGAUGUGCAGAAGAAUAUACCACAACCGAGAUGACGACGACAAUCACAACUGUCACAACGCCUACCACAACUGUUACUGAAGAAACAACAACAUCUCAGUCUACAACAUCUGAGAUUUCAACCACUCCAGGGUACUGUCAAGAGCCAAUGGAUGGCGAAAAAGACCUUGAAUCUCAAGUGACGGCAGAUGGAGCACUCACCAUUGAUGACGAGACUUCCUACGUGACCAUAACGGAAUUGCCAAUCAGCCAGAGCUCAGGCAGUUUCCCAAGUGUGGAUCGCAAAUUCCGCAGACCUGUCAGGGUCACAGCACUGCGCACCACCAUGCGUUCGCCAAGUCAGCCAGGAGCAGGUGCAACAACAACACCUGCUGCAGGGCAGCAGCCGAAAGAACUCAUUGUCACGUUGCAGACCAAAAAACCGGGAGACUCCAGCUUCACUCCAGUGACUGAUGAUGUCACCAACCAGCCCAAGUUGAUCACCAUUACUCUUGAUGCAAAUCAACCUGCACUGACUCUCUUGCCGGAAGAUGAAGAUGAUUUGGACGGCAUAACCGAAUUGCGCAUUCAGUUCCGCAGUGUCAGUGAUGUUGAUGCAAUUACAUUUGAGCAACAUGUAUUGGGUUGCAUCAAAGAAUACACUACAACUGAGCCAACGACAAGAAGCACCACUGUCACGACAACUCGCAUCACCACAACUCCUUCGUCAUCAACAACUCAAGGCUACUGUUUGGAACCAAUAGACAGUGAAUCUGGACUUCUGCUGAAUGCAGAGGGUCAGGGCUUGUCCUUGGUGGGUGAAAGCAAGGGAUUGCUCCAAUUGACAAAUCUUCCCAUCACCGAGGGGGCACAAGAUAGCCCUAGCCUAGACACUACAUUCAGCCGACGCAUGAUUGUCAGAGCUAUCCGCUUCAAGUUGUUGCCAACUUCUUCCACAACUCCGGCGGGUACUGGUGAAGAGCCAAAAGCACUUGCAGCCACUUUUGCCGUACUUGUCAAGAAACCAGCUGCUGAACAAUUCUCGCCUUUGCAGGAAGAAUCCUCCAAUCAAGAAAAGACCUUCCAAGUCAACCUUAGGGAAGACCUGCCUAAGACAGUGCUGCUUCCAGAUGAUGCAACUCUGCAAGGUGUUGUGCAAUUCCGUAUUCAGUUCCGAACUGUGACGGGUGCAGGAUCGGCGAGACUGGAAGUGCAAAUCCUUGGAUGUGCAGAAGAAUAUACCACAACCGAGAUGACGACGACAAUCACAACUGUCACAACGCCUACCACAACUGUUACUGAAGAAACAACAACAUCUCAGUCUACAACAUCUGAGAUUUCAACCACUCCAGGGUACUGUCAAGAGCCAAUGGAUGGCGAAAAAGACCUUGAAUCUCAAGUGACGGCAGAUGGAGCACUCACCAUUGAUGACGAGACUUCCUACGUGACCAUAACGGAAUUGCCAAUCAGCCAGAGCUCAGGCAGUUUCCCAAGUGUGGAUCGCAAAUUCCGCAGACCUGUCAGGGUCACAGCACUGCGCACCACCAUGCGUUCGCCAAGUCAGCCAGGAGCAGGUGCAACAACAACACCUGCUGCAGGGCAGCAGCCGAAAGAACUCAUUGUCACGUUGCAGACCAAAAAACCGGGAGACUCCAGCUUCACUCCAGUGACUGAUGAUGUCACCAACCAGCCCAAGUUGAUCACCAUUACUCUUGAUGCAAAUCAACCUGCACUGACUCUCUUGCCGGAAGAUGAAGAUGAUUUGGACGGCAUAACCGAAUUGCGCAUUCAGUUCCGCAGUGUCAGUGAUGUUGAUGCAAUUACAUUUGAGCAACAUGUAUUGGGUUGCAUCAAAGAAUACACUACAACUGAGCCAACGACAAGAAGCACCACUGUCACGACAACUCGCAUCACCACAACUCCUUCGUCAUCAACAACUCAAGGCUACUGUUUGGAACCAAUAGACAGUGAAUCUGGACUUCUGCUGAAUGCAGAGGGUCAGGGCUUGUCCUUGGUGGGUGAAAGCAAGGGAUUGCUCCAAUUGACAAAUCUUCCCAUCACCGAGGGGGCACAAGAUAGCCCUAGCCUAGACACUACAUUCAGCCGACGCAUGAUUGUCAGAGCUAUCCGCUUCAAGUUGUUGCCAACUUCUUCCACAACUCCGGCGGGUACUGGUGAAGAGCCAAAAGCACUUGCAGCCACUUUUGCCGUACUUGUCAAGAAACCAGCUGCUGAACAAUUCUCGCCUUUGCAGGAAGAAUCCUCCAAUCAAGAAAAGACCUUCCAAGUCAACCUUAGGGAAGACCUGCCUAAGACAGUGCUGCUUCCAGAUGAUGCAACUCUGCAAGGUGUUGUGCAAUUCCGUAUUCAGUUCCGAACUGUGACGGGUGCAGGAUCGGCGAGACUGGAAGUGCAAAUCCUUGGAUGUGCAGAAGAAUAUACCACAACCGAGAUGACGACGACAAUCACAACUGUCACAACGCCUACCACAACUGUUACUGAAGAAACAACAACAUCUCAGUCUACAACAUCUGAGAUUUCAACCACUCCAGGGUACUGUCAAGAGCCAAUGGAUGGCGAAAAAGACCUUGAAUCUCAAGUGACGGCAGAUGGAGCACUCACCAUUGAUGACGAGACUUCCUACGUGACCAUAACGGAAUUGCCAAUCAGCCAGAGCUCAGGCAGUUUCCCAAGUGUGGAUCGCAAAUUCCGCAGACCUGUCAGGGUCACAGCACUGCGCACCACCAUGCGUUCGCCAAGUCAGCCAGGAGCAGGUGCAACAACAACACCUGCUGCAGGGCAGCAGCCGAAAGAACUCAUUGUCACGUUGCAGACCAAAAAACCGGGAGACUCCAGCUUCACUCCAGUGACUGAUGAUGUCACCAACCAGCCCAAGUUGAUCACCAUUACUCUUGAUGCAAAUCAACCUGCACUGACUCUCUUGCCGGAAGAUGAAGAUGAUUUGGACGGCAUAACCGAAUUGCGCAUUCAGUUCCGCAGUGUCAGUGAUGUUGAUGCAAUUACAUUUGAGCAACAUGUAUUGGGUUGCAUCAAAGAAUACACUACAACUGAGCCAACGACAAGAAGCACCACUGUCACGACAACUCGCAUCACCACAACUCCUUCGUCAUCAACAACUCAAGGCUACUGUUUGGAACCAAUAGACAGUGAAUCUGGACUUCUGCUGAAUGCAGAGGGUCAGGGCUUGUCCUUGGUGGGUGAAAGCAAGGGAUUGCUCCAAUUGACAAAUCUUCCCAUCACCGAGGGGGCACAAGAUAGCCCUAGCCUAGACACUACAUUCAGCCGACGCAUGAUUGUCAGAGCUAUCCGCUUCAAGUUGUUGCCAACUUCUUCCACAACUCCGGCGGGUACUGGUGAAGAGCCAAAAGCACUUGCAGCCACUUUUGCCGUACUUGUCAAGAAACCAGCUGCUGAACAAUUCUCGCCUUUGCAGGAAGAAUCCUCCAAUCAAGAAAAGACCUUCCAAGUCAACCUUAGGGAAGACCUGCCUAAGACAGUGCUGCUUCCAGAUGAUGCAACUCUGCAAGGUGUUGUGCAAUUCCGUAUUCAGUUCCGAACUGUGACGGGUGCAGGAUCGGCGAGACUGGAAGUGCAAAUCCUUGGAUGUGCAGAAGAAUAUACCACAACCGAGAUGACGACGACAAUCACAACUGUCACAACGCCUACCACAACUGUUACUGAAGAAACAACAACAUCUCAGUCUACAACAUCUGAGAUUUCAACCACUCCAGGGUACUGUCAAGAGCCAAUGGAUGGCGAAAAAGACCUUGAAUCUCAAGUGACGGCAGAUGGAGCACUCACCAUUGAUGACGAGACUUCCUACGUGACCAUAACGGAAUUGCCAAUCAGCCAGAGCUCAGGCAGUUUCCCAAGUGUGGAUCGCAAAUUCCGCAGACCUGUCAGGGUCACAGCACUGCGCACCACCAUGCGUUCGCCAAGUCAGCCAGGAGCAGGUGCAACAACAACACCUGCUGCAGGGCAGCAGCCGAAAGAACUCAUUGUCACGUUGCAGACCAAAAAACCGGGAGACUCCAGCUUCACUCCAGUGACUGAUGAUGUCACCAACCAGCCCAAGUUGAUCACCAUUACUCUUGAUGCAAAUCAACCUGCACUGACUCUCUUGCCGGAAGAUGAAGAUGAUUUGGACGGCAUAACCGAAUUGCGCAUUCAGUUCCGCAGUGUCAGUGAUGUUGAUGCAAUUACAUUUGAGCAACAUGUAUUGGGUUGCAUCAAAGAAUACACUACAACUGAGCCAACGACAAGAAGCACCACUGUCACGACAACUCGCAUCACCACAACUCCUUCGUCAUCAACAACUCAAGGCUACUGUUUGGAACCAAUAGACAGUGAAUCUGGACUUCUGCUGAAUGCAGAGGGUCAGGGCUUGUCCUUGGUGGGUGAAAGCAAGGGAUUGCUCCAAUUGACAAAUCUUCCCAUCACCGAGGGGGCACAAGAUAGCCCUAGCCUAGACACUACAUUCAGCCGACGCAUGAUUGUCAGAGCUAUCCGCUUCAAGUUGUUGCCAACUUCUUCCACAACUCCGGCGGGUACUGGUGAAGAGCCAAAAGCACUUGCAGCCACUUUUGCCGUACUUGUCAAGAAACCAGCUGCUGAACAAUUCUCGCCUUUGCAGGAAGAAUCCUCCAAUCAAGAAAAGACCUUCCAAGUCAACCUUAGGGAAGACCUGCCUAAGACAGUGCUGCUUCCAGAUGAUGCAACUCUGCAAGGUGUUGUGCAAUUCCGUAUUCAGUUCCGAACUGUGACGGGUGCAGGAUCGGCGAGACUGGAAGUGCAAAUCCUUGGAUGUGCAGAAGAAUAUACCACAACCGAGAUGACGACGACAAUCACAACUGUCACAACGCCUACCACAACUGUUACUGAAGAAACAACAACAUCUCAGUCUACAACAUCUGAGAUUUCAACCACUCCAGGGUACUGUCAAGAGCCAAUGGAUGGCGAAAAAGACCUUGAAUCUCAAGUGACGGCAGAUGGAGCACUCACCAUUGAUGACGAGACUUCCUACGUGACCAUAACGGAAUUGCCAAUCAGCCAGAGCUCAGGCAGUUUCCCAAGUGUGGAUCGCAAAUUCCGCAGACCUGUCAGGGUCACAGCACUGCGCACCACCAUGCGUUCGCCAAGUCAGCCAGGAGCAGGUGCAACAACAACACCUGCUGCAGGGCAGCAGCCGAAAGAACUCAUUGUCACGUUGCAGACCAAAAAACCGGGAGACUCCAGCUUCACUCCAGUGACUGAUGAUGUCACCAACCAGCCCAAGUUGAUCACCAUUACUCUUGAUGCAAAUCAACCUGCACUGACUCUCUUGCCGGAAGAUGAAGAUGAUUUGGACGGCAUAACCGAAUUGCGCAUUCAGUUCCGCAGUGUCAGUGAUGUUGAUGCAAUUACAUUUGAGCAACAUGUAUUGGGUUGCAUCAAAGAAUACACUACAACUGAGCCAACGACAAGAAGCACCACUGUCACGACAACUCGCAUCACCACAACUCCUUCGUCAUCAACAACUCAAGGCUACUGUUUGGAACCAAUAGACAGUGAAUCUGGACUUCUGCUGAAUGCAGAGGGUCAGGGCUUGUCCUUGGUGGGUGAAAGCAAGGGAUUGCUCCAAUUGACAAAUCUUCCCAUCACCGAGGGGGCACAAGAUAGCCCUAGCCUAGACACUACAUUCAGCCGACGCAUGAUUGUCAGAGCUAUCCGCUUCAAGUUGUUGCCAACUUCUUCCACAACUCCGGCGGGUACUGGUGAAGAGCCAAAAGCACUUGCAGCCACUUUUGCCGUACUUGUCAAGAAACCAGCUGCUGAACAAUUCUCGCCUUUGCAGGAAGAAUCCUCCAAUCAAGAAAAGACCUUCCAAGUCAACCUUAGGGAAGACCUGCCUAAGACAGUGCUGCUUCCAGAUGAUGCAACUCUGCAAGGUGUUGUGCAAUUCCGUAUUCAGUUCCGAACUGUGACGGGUGCAGGAUCGGCGAGACUGGAAGUGCAAAUCCUUGGAUGUGCAGAAGAAUAUACCACAACCGAGAUGACGACGACAAUCACAACUGUCACAACGCCUACCACAACUGUUACUGAAGAAACAACAACAUCUCAGUCUACAACAUCUGAGAUUUCAACCACUCCAGGGUACUGUCAAGAGCCAAUGGAUGGCGAAAAAGACCUUGAAUCUCAAGUGACGGCAGAUGGAGCACUCACCAUUGAUGACGAGACUUCCUACGUGACCAUAACGGAAUUGCCAAUCAGCCAGAGCUCAGGCAGUUUCCCAAGUGUGGAUCGCAAAUUCCGCAGACCUGUCAGGGUCACAGCACUGCGCACCACCAUGCGUUCGCCAAGUCAGCCAGGAGCAGGUGCAACAACAACACCUGCUGCAGGGCAGCAGCCGAAAGAACUCAUUGUCACGUUGCAGACCAAAAAACCGGGAGACUCCAGCUUCACUCCAGUGACUGAUGAUGUCACCAACCAGCCCAAGUUGAUCACCAUUACUCUUGAUGCAAAUCAACCUGCACUGACUCUCUUGCCGGAAGAUGAAGAUGAUUUGGACGGCAUAACCGAAUUGCGCAUUCAGUUCCGCAGUGUCAGUGAUGUUGAUGCAAUUACAUUUGAGCAACAUGUAUUGGGUUGCAUCAAAGAAUACACUACAACUGAGCCAACGACAAGAAGCACCACUGUCACGACAACUCGCAUCACCACAACUCCUUCGUCAUCAACAACUCAAGGCUACUGUUUGGAACCAAUAGACAGUGAAUCUGGACUUCUGCUGAAUGCAGAGGGUCAGGGCUUGUCCUUGGUGGGUGAAAGCAAGGGAUUGCUCCAAUUGACAAAUCUUCCCAUCACCGAGGGGGCACAAGAUAGCCCUAGCCUAGACACUACAUUCAGCCGACGCAUGAUUGUCAGAGCUAUCCGCUUCAAGUUGUUGCCAACUUCUUCCACAACUCCGGCGGGUACUGGUGAAGAGCCAAAAGCACUUGCAGCCACUUUUGCCGUACUUGUCAAGAAACCAGCUGCUGAACAAUUCUCGCCUUUGCAGGAAGAAUCCUCCAAUCAAGAAAAGACCUUCCAAGUCAACCUUAGGGAAGACCUGCCUAAGACAGUGCUGCUUCCAGAUGAUGCAACUCUGCAAGGUGUUGUGCAAUUCCGUAUUCAGUUCCGAACUGUGACGGGUGCAGGAUCGGCGAGACUGGAAGUGCAAAUCCUUGGAUGUGCAGAAGAAUAUACCACAACCGAGAUGACGACGACAAUCACAACUGUCACAACGCCUACCACAACUGUUACUGAAGAAACAACAACAUCUCAGUCUACAACAUCUGAGAUUUCAACCACUCCAGGGUACUGUCAAGAGCCAAUGGAUGGCGAAAAAGACCUUGAAUCUCAAGUGACGGCAGAUGGAGCACUCACCAUUGAUGACGAGACUUCCUACGUGACCAUAACGGAAUUGCCAAUCAGCCAGAGCUCAGGCAGUUUCCCAAGUGUGGAUCGCAAAUUCCGCAGACCUGUCAGGGUCACAGCACUGCGCACCACCAUGCGUUCGCCAAGUCAGCCAGGAGCAGGUGCAACAACAACACCUGCUGCAGGGCAGCAGCCGAAAGAACUCAUUGUCACGUUGCAGACCAAAAAACCGGGAGACUCCAGCUUCACUCCAGUGACUGAUGAUGUCACCAACCAGCCCAAGUUGAUCACCAUUACUCUUGAUGCAAAUCAACCUGCACUGACUCUCUUGCCGGAAGAUGAAGAUGAUUUGGACGGCAUAACCGAAUUGCGCAUUCAGUUCCGCAGUGUCAGUGAUGUUGAUGCAAUUACAUUUGAGCAACAUGUAUUGGGUUGCAUCAAAGAAUACACUACAACUGAGCCAACGACAAGAAGCACCACUGUCACGACAACUCGCAUCACCACAACUCCUUCGUCAUCAACAACUCAAGGCUACUGUUUGGAACCAAUAGACAGUGAAUCUGGACUUCUGCUGAAUGCAGAGGGUCAGGGCUUGUCCUUGGUGGGUGAAAGCAAGGGAUUGCUCCAAUUGACAAAUCUUCCCAUCACCGAGGGGGCACAAGAUAGCCCUAGCCUAGACACUACAUUCAGCCGACGCAUGAUUGUCAGAGCUAUCCGCUUCAAGUUGUUGCCAACUUCUUCCACAACUCCGGCGGGUACUGGUGAAGAGCCAAAAGCACUUGCAGCCACUUUUGCCGUACUUGUCAAGAAACCAGCUGCUGAACAAUUCUCGCCUUUGCAGGAAGAAUCCUCCAAUCAAGAAAAGACCUUCCAAGUCAACCUUAGGGAAGACCUGCCUAAGACAGUGCUGCUUCCAGAUGAUGCAACUCUGCAAGGUGUUGUGCAAUUCCGUAUUCAGUUCCGAACUGUGACGGGUGCAGGAUCGGCGAGACUGGAAGUGCAAAUCCUUGGAUGUGCAGAAGAAUAUACCACAACCGAGAUGACGACGACAAUCACAACUGUCACAACGCCUACCACAACUGUUACUGAAGAAACAACAACAUCUCAGUCUACAACAUCUGAGAUUUCAACCACUCCAGGGUACUGUCAAGAGCCAAUGGAUGGCGAAAAAGACCUUGAAUCUCAAGUGACGGCAGAUGGAGCACUCACCAUUGAUGACGAGACUUCCUACGUGACCAUAACGGAAUUGCCAAUCAGCCAGAGCUCAGGCAGUUUCCCAAGUGUGGAUCGCAAAUUCCGCAGACCUGUCAGGGUCACAGCACUGCGCACCACCAUGCGUUCGCCAAGUCAGCCAGGAGCAGGUGCAACAACAACACCUGCUGCAGGGCAGCAGCCGAAAGAACUCAUUGUCACGUUGCAGACCAAAAAACCGGGAGACUCCAGCUUCACUCCAGUGACUGAUGAUGUCACCAACCAGCCCAAGUUGAUCACCAUUACUCUUGAUGCAAAUCAACCUGCACUGACUCUCUUGCCGGAAGAUGAAGAUGAUUUGGACGGCAUAACCGAAUUGCGCAUUCAGUUCCGCAGUGUCAGUGAUGUUGAUGCAAUUACAUUUGAGCAACAUGUAUUGGGUUGCAUCAAAGAAUACACUACAACUGAGCCAACGACAAGAAGCACCACUGUCACGACAACUCGCAUCACCACAACUCCUUCGUCAUCAACAACUCAAGGCUACUGUUUGGAACCAAUAGACAGUGAAUCUGGACUUCUGCUGAAUGCAGAGGGUCAGGGCUUGUCCUUGGUGGGUGAAAGCAAGGGAUUGCUCCAAUUGACAAAUCUUCCCAUCACCGAGGGGGCACAAGAUAGCCCUAGCCUAGACACUACAUUCAGCCGACGCAUGAUUGUCAGAGCUAUCCGCUUCAAGUUGUUGCCAACUUCUUCCACAACUCCGGCGGGUACUGGUGAAGAGCCAAAAGCACUUGCAGCCACUUUUGCCGUACUUGUCAAGAAACCAGCUGCUGAACAAUUCUCGCCUUUGCAGGAAGAAUCCUCCAAUCAAGAAAAGACCUUCCAAGUCAACCUUAGGGAAGACCUGCCUAAGACAGUGCUGCUUCCAGAUGAUGCAACUCUGCAAGGUGUUGUGCAAUUCCGUAUUCAGUUCCGAACUGUGACGGGUGCAGGAUCGGCGAGACUGGAAGUGCAAAUCCUUGGAUGUGCAGAAGAAUAUACCACAACCGAGAUGACGACGACAAUCACAACUGUCACAACGCCUACCACAACUGUUACUGAAGAAACAACAACAUCUCAGUCUACAACAUCUGAGAUUUCAACCACUCCAGGGUACUGUCAAGAGCCAAUGGAUGGCGAAAAAGACCUUGAAUCUCAAGUGACGGCAGAUGGAGCACUCACCAUUGAUGACGAGACUUCCUACGUGACCAUAACGGAAUUGCCAAUCAGCCAGAGCUCAGGCAGUUUCCCAAGUGUGGAUCGCAAAUUCCGCAGACCUGUCAGGGUCACAGCACUGCGCACCACCAUGCGUUCGCCAAGUCAGCCAGGAGCAGGUGCAACAACAACACCUGCAGCAGGGCAGCAGCCGAAAGAACUCAUUGUCACGUUGCAGACCAAAAAACCGGGAGACUCCAGCUUCACUCCAGUGACUGAUGAUGUCACCAACCAGCCCAAGUUGAUCACCAUUACUCUUGAUGCAAAUCAACCUGCACUGACUCUCUUGCCGGAAGAUGAAGAUGAUUUGGACGGCAUAACCGAAUUGCGCAUUCAGUUCCGCAGUGUCAGUGAUGUUGAUGCAAUUACAUUUGAGCAACAUGUAUUGGGUUGCAUCAAAGAAUACACUACAACUGAGCCAACGACAAGAAGCACCACUGUCACGACAACUCGCAUCACCACAACUCCUUCGUCAUCAACAACUCAAGGCUACUGUUUGGAACCAAUAGACAGUGAAUCUGGACUUCUGCUGAAUGCAGAGGGUCAGGGCUUGUCCUUGGUGGGUGAAAGCAAGGGAUUGCUCCAAUUGACAAAUCUUCCCAUCACCGAGGGGGCACAAGAUAGCCCUAGCCUAGACACUACAUUCAGCCGACGCAUGAUUGUCAGAGCUAUCCGCUUCAAGUUGUUGCCAACUUCUUCCACAACUCCGGCGGGUACUGGUGAAGAGCCAAAAGCACUUGCAGCCACUUUUGCCGUACUUGUCAAGAAACCAGCUGCUGAACAAUUCUCGCCUUUGCAGGAAGAAUCCUCCAAUCAAGAAAAGACCUUCCAAGUCAACCUUAGGGAAGACCUGCCUAAGACAGUGCUGCUUCCAGAUGAUGCAACUCUGCAAGGUGUUGUGCAAUUCCGUAUUCAGUUCCGAACUGUGACGGGUGCAGGAUCGGCGAGACUGGAAGUGCAAAUCCUUGGAUGUGCAGAAGAAUAUACCACAACCGAGAUGACGACAACAAUCACAACUGUCACAACGCCUACCACAACUGUUACUGAAGAAACAACAACAUCUCAGUCUACAACAUCUGAGAUUUCAACCACUCCAGGGUACUGUCAAGAGCCAAUGGAUGGCGAAAAAGACCUUGAAUCUCAAGUGACGGCAGAUGGAGCACUCACCAUUGAUGACGAGACUUCCUACGUGACCAUAACGGAAUUGCCAAUCAGCCAGAGCUCAGGCAGUUUCCCAAGUGUGGAUCGCAAAUUCCGCAGACCUGUCAGGGUCACAGCACUGCGCACCACCAUGCGUUCGCCAAGUCAGCCAGGAGCAGGUGCAACAACAACACCUGCAGCAGGGCAGCAGCCGAAAGAACUCAUUGUCACGUUGCAGACCAAAAAACCGGGAGACUCCAGCUUCACUCCAGUGACUGAUGAUGUCACCAACCAGCCCAAGUUGAUCACCAUUACUCUUGAUGCAAAUCAACCUGCACUGACUCUCUUGCCGGAAGAUGAAGAUGAUUUGGACGGCAUAACCGAAUUGCGCAUUCAGUUCCGCAGUGUCAGUGAUGUUGAUGCAAUUACAUUUGAGCAACAUGUAUUGGGUUGCAUCAAAGAAUACACUACAACUGAGCCAACGACAAGAAGCACCACUGUCACGACAACUCGCAUCACCACAACUCCUUCGUCAUCAACAACUCAAGGUACAGCAACUACAUCAUAUAGGUUAUCAUGCAGAUAAUGUCCCUCAACUUCACCCA